AUGUUGGGUGAUCCCGUUAACCGUCUUGAGGAGCUUCAGGCCGAACUCCUUUCCCGCCAGAAUGCGCUUUCCUCACGCAUUCAGUCCAUCCUGAGUGAGACGGGCGAAAAAGAGCUGCCGGAAUUACAGGUGUUAAGCGAAGACCGUGCGCAGCUGAUCAAGGAGAUCCAACACACCAAGGAUGAGGGGGACGCCCUUCUGCUGCAGGUUGAAGGGAAUGGGGAGGCUGCUUCCAUGUAUCGCGUCGCCGCCCGCGUGCAGCGCUUUGAAGAAUUUGCCAACCGCGCUAACGAGUACGUGAAGAAUGUUCUUCCGGAGGAGAUUGAGCGUGUUGCUGACGCAGACAGGCACCACUCCGACGACGAGGUGGCCGCCUACAUUAAGGAGCUGCAGGCGAAGCGCGAGGAGGAGUUGAGAAAGAUCGGGAUACUGAAGGAGCGGACAACAAAGCGGGCAAAUGACUUGCGCAAUGGUCCACGUGUUGAGAACGGAGAGCUGAACGCCCUGUGCCGUGUUUCGCGGGCGAAGGAGGAGGAGCUUGACAAGGAGACCAAGGAGACGCAGGAGUACGUUGAUGAGGCGAGGCUAAAGAAGGCAGAUCUGAUCGCGAAAAUCAGGGAGCUGCGCCAGGCAAAGUCGAAACUCCAGGUGGAGUUGCUGGACACGAAGCACAAGAACGAGAAGAAAGUCAAUGAAAUGAAGGCCCGUAUUCGUCACGCGGAGCUCGCCAACAAACGCGAUAUUCGAGUGUGCCAGCAGCUGAACACCACCAACGCCGCACUCACGACCAACGCUCAAACGCUGCUCGGCCAGUUGAAUGUGGAGCACUACGGCAUUGAGGGUGCACCCUCCGAGAAGGCUCUGAUUACGAUGCGCAAGGAGGAGGAAAGGAGGGCAGCGGCUGUGCUAGCGAACGGCCGCGGCAACAACAACAACAACAACGGUUCACAUCCAGCUGGCAAUGAAACGGAGGGGCUCUGCCCGCGCCGCGACACGGGGAAUUUUAACGGAGAUGCCUCCGCGGCAUCGUCCCGCCGGCAGUCCAACCAGCAAAACACUGGGUUGGCCGCAAUGCAGCGGACGGCGUCGCAGCGUAGCCGCGAUGCCUCUCAAAAGGCCGACUUGGACCAGCGCCGCCAAUCGGGGCAAUCGUCGCAGGCGUCCAGGCACUCAGCGACCUCGAAGGAUCGUCAGGCCGGCCGUACAAAUUCACGGGGGUCCAGCGCCCCCUAA